CAUGCUCUGUCAGCUAGGGAUGAAUAGAAAAACAAGAGGUAUAACCUUAAAUCUCGUGAAUAUAAUAUGAACCUUCUUCCCAAAUCGAAAGAGCAGUUCAGCCACAAAGAAUACUGGGACGACUUCUUCAGGAACCUCGCCGAUAAGACAUUCGAAUGGUACGGAGAAUACCCCGAGCUCUCGGGUCAUUUGCACAAAUACAUUAAACCUCGCGACGACAUCCUCGUUGUAGGAUGCGGUAACUCGACUCUCGGCAAAGAUUUGUACGACGUCGGCCACCAUAGUGUGACUAAUAUCGAUAUUUCCAAAGUGGCUAUAAGGCAGAUGCAGUCGCAGGUCGAGAAAAACAGGCCUGGCCUUCGUUACAUCCAUAUGGAUGCGUUGCAGAUGGACUUUGUCGACGAGCAGUUUAGUGUCGUGUUAGACAAGGGUACUCUCGACGCGUUAAUGCCAGACGAGGGGGUCGAAACAGACGAAAAAAUUGAACGGUACUUUGGGGAAAUUUUAAGAGUAUUACGAGUCGGCGGGCGAUAUGUGUGUGUGUCAUUGUUACAGAGACACAUUUUGAAAAAACUAUUGGCGUAUUUUCCGUCGCAUAACUGCAUGUUCCGGGCUGUCAGGUGCUUCGAACCUGAGCAAAAAUCCGCAGAAAACGGCGAGAACGCUAUGCCCGUCUUUCUAGUUGUGUGUUCGAAAUUUAAAACGCUACCGCGUCACAUUUUGGAAGUGAAUCUCGGCGACGCCCAGCGAAGUUUAACGAAACUCGAAAGCGCCAGUAAAGUGAUUGAUCAAAUAACGGAUGUUCAAAGAGCUUCUUUCUUGUGUUCGCGCUUGAAAAACACCUCUCUGGCGGUAGAAGAGGAAAUAUCGUUCGAACUGCAUCAACCCGGGUGCGACGAGACGCGAUACACGAUCUACGUCGUGGAUAUCCCGUGGCAACCUAAAAAUGCCUCUUACGCGGCUUUCAUUGCACCAGUUGGACGCGAGGCGGAGUGGUUGUUUUCGACCAAGACCGGCCGAAAACAAUUGGCUACCGCAACCAACCACAACCGUCUCGCCGUCGUAACCACUCAUCGCGGUCAAGAAUACACGUCACUAGAGGGCGUCCAGGUCGAGUUGGCGGAAGUGAUACGCAACUUGGCCCCGUCGACGUUCAAAGGGCGCACAAUACCUUUCCUAUCUCUGGGAUCCGACGUAGGUAAACGCGAAAUCAAAUACCGGAACAGUUCAAAAUGUUCAGGCGAUUACGUCAUAGAAGAUGUCGUCACCGAAACGGGCGACCAGUAUCGACGACUUUAUUACCUCAACAAUCAGCUGGUAAUUCAGUCGGAAGCGAAAUUAAAGCAGGUGAAAAAUCGGAAAGGAAAACCGGCGCAAGUCGUCGACUUGUGCCGCCUGACGUGCAGACAUCACGUUUACAUGAGUGUGGCGGCUUACGCGGCGUGCCAUGCGCAACCCAACCCCAAAAUCGCAGUGUUGGGUUUGGGCGGCGGAGGAUUAUGUUCAUUCCUGCGUAAAUUCCUGCCGCGGGCUUCUAUAGCAGGGGUAGAAAUUGACGAUGACAUGGUGAAGAUUGCGUCGCGUUGGUUCGGGUUCGCGCAGGAUGACAAGUUGCGCGCGCACGUCCGAGACGCCCUCGAGUAUAUACGGGAACUGUCCGAGACUAAAGUACGUCUCGACGCCAUUUUGUGCGACGUCGACUGCAAGGACGCCAGCGUAGGGAUGAGUUGUCCGCCUGCGGAGUUUCUCGUUCCGCGAGUACUAAAGAUGGCGGCCGAGAUCGUUUCGGACGGCGGCUUGUUCAUAAUUAACGUAGUGUUGCGCGAUCUGACGCUGAGGCCGGGGAUUCUGCGCAGUUUAAAGGCUUGUUUCGCCAACACGGCUGCUUACAAAUUAGAUGAGGAUCUUAACGAAAUUUUCGUUUGCUUUAAUGGAGAUGUAGAUGAGGAGUUCACGGGGAAACUGAAGCAAGGUUGCGAGGAGCUGCGAAAAUUUUUCAUUAGGAAUAAGGUCGAAGAAUGCGAUGUCGAUAUCGCGGAAUACUUGAAUAAUUUAAGAAUAAACGUCUAA